AAUCAUAUUAACAAGUGAAUUGUAAUCAUUGUACCUUUUUCCAAUAUGGCACCUUCCAUGGAAGAAAAAAUUGAGAGUGUCACCUCAUAUAAUUUGCGGCCCUUAGUCCUCCAUGGAUAUAUUUUCCCAUUUAUAUUUAUAUACAUUGCAUGGCUAUAUCUUUUGGUGGUUGCCUAUGGGGUCAGUGAAUAUUUGGAAGCUGGAUUGAUCGUUUUAGCAGCCAUAGGAUGUGUCCAAAUUUUGGUCUGCUUGUUCUGCCAUUGGUCAAUACACGUGAGGUGUUCGCUCACAUGCAGGAAGGAAUCUAACCCCUUUGAUGCUGAUUGGGUGAAGGUUGUCCCUACAGCCAACAAUGGAUAUCCAGAACUGGUCCAGCUUCACACAGAUAUUCAUCCAGGCACAGGGAAGCGAGAUCUGUGGUUCACAUUCCAGAAGGCGAAGUACAUUUACGAUGCGGAGGAGAAGAAGCGAUUCCAGGCCGUGGAGUUCCCUGUCAGUCACGCCAUCAAGGUUUACCAAUCCUGGAAGGGUUAUCAGGAUGACGCAGAGGUUGCGGCCACCAAGAAGAAGUUUGGAGACAAUCAUUUGACAAUGGAGCCUCCAGAGUUCAAAGAACUUUUCAAGGAGAGGGCAACAGCACCUUUCUUUGUAUUUCAAGUGUUCUGUGUGGCUUUAUGGUGCCUUGAUGAAUAUUGGUAUUACAGUGUCUUCACGUUGUUCAUGCUGGUGACGUUUGAGGCGACACUGGUUCAUCAACAGCUCCGAAACCUGACAGAGAUUCGGAAGAUGGGCAAUAAACCUUAUAUGAUACAGGUAUAUCGCAACCGUAAGUGGCGCCCCAUCCUCAGCAGUGACCUUGUCCCUGGUGACAUCUGCUCCAUCACUAGAUCUCAGAAUGACAAUCCUGUCCCUUGUGACCUUCUACUUCUCAGGGGUCCAUGUAUUGUGGAUGAGUCUAUGUUAACAGGAGAAUCCGUUCCUCAGAUGAAGGAGCCAGUAGAAGGACUAGAACCAGAUCGAAUCUUGGAUCUCCAGUUUGAUAGCAAACUUCAUGUCCUUUCUGGAGGUACUAAAGUGGUCCAGCAUACCCCUCCUAACAAGUCAGCCCCAGGACUCAAAGCUACCGAUAAUGGCUGCAUUGCUUACGUAUUAAGAACUGGAUUUAACACUUCCCAGGGUAAAUUACUGAGCACAAUCCUUUAUGGAGUAAAGCGAGUGACAGCCAACAAUCUAGAAACAUUCCUCUUUAUUCUCUUCCUACUCAUCUUUGCCAUUGCUGCUGCUUCAUAUGUCUGGAUAGAAGGAACGAAGGAUCCAAGUCGGAAUAAGUACAAGCUUUUCUUGGAGUGCACCCUCAUCCUCACCUCAGUCGUCCCCCCAGAGCUCCCCAUUGAGUUAUCUCUUGCUGUCAACUCAUCGCUGCUUGCACUCACCAGACUAGGUGUAUACUGCACAGAGCCAUUCCGUAUCCCGUUUGCUGGUAAGGUUGACAUCUGUUGCUUUGAUAAGACUGGAACACUCACAAGUGAUAACCUAGUGGUGGAGGGAGUAGCGGGUUUACCGGGUAAAGACAAGCUUUGCACCAUCACCGAGGUGCCCUUAGACACUGUGCAGGUGCUUGCUACCUGUCACUCCCUGGCCCAGCUGGACGAUACCCUGGUAGGUGAUCCUUUGGAGAAGGCCACACUGACCGCUGUGGACUGGACACUCACCAAGGGUGAUGUUGUGAUCCCCCAUCGAAUCCGCAGUCAGCCCCUGAAGAUCGUCCAACGCUUUCACUUCUCUAGCGCCCUCAAGAGGAUGGCAGUGAUUGCUUCUCUCCAGGAACAUGGCUCCGUAGACUGCACAUAUCUGGCUUCCGUCAAGGGUGCCCCAGAAACGCUAAGAUCAAUGUUCUCAGUUGUUCCUGAAAACUAUGAUGAAGUUCACUCACAGAUGUCUAGGCAAGGUGCCAGGGUGCUAGCCCUCGGACACAGGAAGCUAGGUCACAUGUCUUCACAACAGCUGCGUGACCUGUCUCGUGAUGAGGUUGAAAAAGAGCUGACUUUUGUUGGUUUUGUCAUCAUUUCUUGUCCUCUGAAAUUUGAUUCGAAAGCAGCGAUCAAGGAGAUCCAGCAUGCUUCUCACUAUACUACCAUGAUUACUGGUGAUAACCCUCUGACUGCCUGCCACGUCGCCAAGGAACUACGCUUCACCAAGAAACCACACACUCUUAUCCUCAAACCACCCACUGAGAAUGAAUAUGAUGAAUGGCAUUGGCAGUCCAUCGAUGACACAGUGACGUAUCCCAUGAUACCAUCUGCAGAGGAAGUGCGCCUCCUAUUGGCCAGUGAUCUAUGUCUCACCGGAGAGGCUAUAACCCACCUACAAACCACCAACAUAUCUUUCCUGAACAGAAUUUUACCAAGAGUUAAAGUGUUUGCACGAGUAGCACCCAAACAAAAGGAGUAUGUAAUUACCACACUAAAGAGUCUUGGAUAUACGACCCUUAUGUGUGGAGAUGGUACCAAUGAUGUAGGAGCUCUAAAGCAUGCACAUGUUGGUGUUGCACUUCUUUCAAAUGUUCCAGAAAGGUUUUUACGAGAUAGGAAAAAGCCAAAAGAAGAGACAGCAGAGACAGGAGGGGAAAAUAAACAAGUUAAGAAUUCCUCUGGCCCAGAGAGGAUACCAUCCGCCUCUCAUCAUGGAGGGGGAAGGCAUGGGGGAGGAGGACGAGCAGCUCGGCAGAGGGCUAUCGCUAAAGGAGAGGACCUUACUAGGUCACAAAAUAAAAAACUAAAUAACUUAUUGAAAGAAAUGGAGGAGCAGGACCAAGCUCAAGUAGUCAAGUUAGGAGAUGCAAGUAUAGCAUCACCCUUCACUUCUAAAUUAUCAUCAGUGCAAUGUGUGUGUCACAUCAUUAAACAAGGCCGCUGUACGUUGGUCACCACUCUUCAAAUGUUCAAGAUUCUAGCACUAAACGCUCUCAUCCUAGCCUACAGUCAAAGUGUUCUAUAUCUAGAUGGCAUCAAAUACAGCGACGCCCAGGCCACGCUACAAGGCCUCUUAUUGGCUGGUUGUUUCCUCUUUAUAUCAAGGUCAAAGCCAUUGAAGGUAUUAUCAAGGAGUCGUCCUCUACCAAAUAUCUUCAAUGUCUACACCAUCUUAACAGUCAUCUUUCAAUUUGCUGUCCAUUUUAUGAGCCUCAUGUACCUUGUACAGGAAGCAAAAGCGAGGUCACCUCCCAGGGAGACUGAAUUUCCUGAUCUUGAGAAACAGUUUGAACCCAAUCUUGUAAACAGCACAGUAUAUAUUCUCUCCAUGAUGUUACAGAUUAGCACAUUCGCUGUCAAUUACAAGGGUCAUCCAUUCAUGGAGUCGUUGAGAGACAACAAGCCUCUCCUGUACAGUCUUGCAUUCUCUACUGUGUCUGUAUUUGCUCUCAUAUCUGGGGUACUGCCCGAUAUAUCCAGCCAGUUUGAAAUUGUAGAAUUUUCAUCAGAUUUCCGUUUGCUGGUGUUCCAGGUUCUAGUAGGAGACAUGGUUUCUGCAUUCAUCAUUGACAGGGUUCUUCAAUUCAUUCUGGGAUCAGCGAAAUUAAGAGAAGCAAACUAAACCCUUAUUUAAUGAACCAUCAUCAAUCAUCAUGCAUGGGACUACAGUUCAGUAAUUUAGGUAUUUGAUGCAUUUAAGCAGUGCAAGAUGUUCUUACCGUAAGUAACGGACUAUAAACCGCACCCGUGGAUUAACCGCACCCCCAACUUUGGACUGAAAAAAAAAUAAUAAAAAAUCCUCACAUUUACAUGCAUAUUUGAGGUAAGAAGAAACAAAAACUAAGUUAAAGAUUUCAAAGUAUCCAAAGAGAUUACCAGUAUGCGGAAAUCUGCUGUUCUUGAUCAAUUCAUCUACAAAUGUUAGCAAGAAAGAAAGGUCCCGACAAUAUUGGCCACUUACACACACACUCACUCACCUCACAGUCACAGUAUACACACACACAGCACUGCCGUUCUUGUACAUUGCAAACUACGAUACGGUACCAGUACAUCUUAUCAAAUUAUGAUCUGUGUCUUUCCCGGAGUAGGCGGAAGAAACAUUCACAUUUCUUGCAUCACAACCUCACAAUCACUUUCAGAAUUUGUCUAGCAUUCGAUGUCUUAGCAUGAAUUUUGGAUACGGGAUUACAGGAAGGUUCAAGAAACAAAGAAAUUUGCAUUUUUUCCAGUUGUUUUUACGGCUUCGUGCCGUCUCUCUCUUGCGUGGUGUAAAUGGUAUCUUAUG